GUUUCUUCUCUCACUCUCGCUGCAAUGGAGUUGUUCAUCUUCAUAGUGUUUCAGCUCCUGACGGAGGUUCAGUCUUACAAAUCUCCUACUGUAAAAGUAUCUCCAGAUGUCAUAAGAGAGUCCAGCUCAGUGAAGAUCAGCUGUGAGACUCCAGCAGAUGUUAGAGCGAGUCAGUGUUAUUUCACCAAAAACAGAGAAGAGAAGAAUAUAAAAGUUAGUUCAUCAUGUCAGCUCGAGCUCACUGGUGCUGAAGUGCUCAGAUGGGCAGGUGUAAAAUCACCUGAAUCAAUCUACAUUAACUGUUACUACACAAUAAAUGAACGAGGCAUCAAUAAACCAUCAUCUAAUUCUCCUCCUGCCACAGUGACGGUUCUUGAUGCACUUCAGAAACCCUUCAUCAGUGUUAGUGAUGAUUAUGUCCAGCUCAUCAUAUCAUGUGAAAUACCUCUUUCGGUCAGAGCUGAUUUCAUCUGUAGUCUCUACACUGAGGAUGAUGUUCUUCUGUUUCACCGUGUCUCUCACUGGAGUCAGUCUGGAGGGAAUCUUUGUAUGUUUUAUUUAAGUCGUAGUGAACUCUUCACACAAUCAGUGAACAGCAGACAGCUGAGCUGUGUUUAUUCACUCAAGACUGAACCUGAGAUCAGAUCACCACACAGUGACACAUACACCAUCAGUAACACAAUCCCCAUCACAGUCACCAUCACCAUCAGAGACACAAUCACCAUCAGAGACACAAUCACUACCAGAGAUCUUCCUCAGGCCAAGUUAAGAGCGUCUGCUUCAGUUAUUCUGGAAACGGACACAGUUGAGCUGAGCUGUGAGAAAACUGAAGAUCUGAAGAUGGAGAAGUGUUACUUCUAUAUAAAUGGAAGAGAAAGUAACUCAAAAGUGAGCUCAUCAUGUCAGCUCUCACUCACUGGAUCUCAGAUCAGUGUUUGGUCUGGAGGUCAGAGUUCAUCAUCUGUGAGAAUAAGCUGCUUCUACACUGUGAUGAAGAAACAAGUUCAAAAACCAUCUGCUCACUCUGAUCCAGUGACAGUUACAGUCCAGAUUUCAACAUCAACCAUUAAACAUACAAGUACAACAGCCACAACAACCUCUUUAACUGUAAUGCCCACUACUGAAACCACAACAACAUUCAGUAAAACUUAUCUUCAUUCUGAGACAAACCUUCCAACCAACACAGCAAAGGAAACAAUGUUUUCAACAUCAACCAUUAAACAUACAAGUACAACAGCCACAACAACCUCUUUAACUGUAAUGCCCACUACUGAAACCACAACAACAUUCAGUAAAACUUAUCUUCAUUCUGAGACAAACCUUCCAACCAACACAGCAAAGGAAACAAUGUAUGCUCCUACUAAAGGUCCACACUCACCAAUAUACAAAGAUCUGUGGUUAAUAGUGCUGGUUCUCACUGGUGUUGCUGUUUUGUCUGGACUCAUGGGACUCAUCUGUCUCUGCCGGUUUGCAAGUAAAAAAAGAAAACUUGAAGGAAUUGGUAUGAGUUGUUCUGGACCUGUAGAGGCAUAUUCUCUGAUCACUUCUGUACCAGCCACAUCUCAGCCCAUAUCUGAAGGUGAUUUGGUCAACAAACAACAGAAAAAGGGAAAUCCGGAGGAAAAUGAGAAUGUUUAUCACCUGUACUCCACAAUCCCUGACAAACCAGUUCUUUCAAGCGCAGAAGAUCACAUGUACAGUUUGGUGGACAUGCACUGAUGAAUCUCAUGUCUUUGUUUAUUAUGUACCACCAUCCUGUAAAUAAAAUAUCCGUAC